UAAUUUCAUCUUAUAUCAAACACUGACUCAAUAUUUUCUAUAAUGACAUUAUCAUUAUGUGACAGUUGUAUUAAGUCUUAACACGGAAACGUUCAUUAUUUUAACCUAAUUUUGUGAGUUUGUAAAAUAAAAAUAUGGCGGGAGCUCUAAAUCAAACGCUGACAUGCACGGGAAAUACACAUACCAUUACCGGUGGGGAUGUACUCCGGUGCAUCAUCAUCAUCAUCAUCAUGACGUGUAUCAUCACUGGAAAUGUUUGUUGUCUAGUCGUGUUCAACAGCCCAAAGACCAGAAGACAGUUUAUGAAGCGUGUUAGAUAUAUGAUGAAUUCAUUGUGCUGCACGGAUUUGAGCAUCGGACUUCUCAUGUGCCCGUCAACGAUUUACCCAGCUCUCAAACACUGCUGGCCAUUUGGAGUGUUCAUGUGCAAAGUUGAAGCUUUACUGAUAUCAGCUUUGUUUCAUGAAUCCACUCUUAAUAUGGUGCUGAUUGCUAUUGACAGAUACUGCAUAAUACAUUUUUCACGCUAUAACACCAUAAUGACAUCGAAAAGAUUCAUCUCUGUAAUUGUUGGAACAUGGGUCACGGUUUUCACGUGUUACGCUAUAGUUAUAUUCGGUACUGACCAGUUUUAUUUCGACGAGAUUGGAAUAAACUGUGAGCCGUUCUACCUGGAACCUAAAGUAACUCUGACAGUUCUCAGUAUAUUCUACUUUGUACCGGCUAUUAUUUUUGUCUUUUGCUAUGGUUCAAUAUACAGAACAGCAACUAAAAGAAAAGUGUUGACAAUUUCUUCUGAUGAUAAGCAUGGCAAAAUGGUAAACGCCAACAUACGGACAUCAAAAUACCUAGCAGCAAUCACAGGAGGCUUCUUCGUCGCAGUGUCACCAUGGACGCUUUGUACAAUCAUUAUCGUCGCUGCGGAGAUCAAGCUUCAGGAAGAUGUUGAUUACUUUGUCACGUGGUUGGCUCUUAGCAACAGCUUUUGGAAUUGUCUUAUUUAUGGUCUAAUGAAUAGAAAGUUUCGUCGAGCCGCAAUGAGAUUUGCAUGUGGCAGAUGGAUCAAAUCCCUGAAGGAGUCGGUUCAAACGAGAUCUCACGAUGACAGCAGGGACUUUAGUGGGGAUGAUUCUACUGCUUAUACUAACUACAAGCGUAGAAUCUCAAAGAAGAAAAGCAUGGCGAAAACUGGAGAUGAGAUGGUUUCAAUGACAGCUUCCGGGAGUCUGUCAGUCAAUAAUACUCCUCAGGACACUCCUAGAGGGUCACCUAAUUUAGGCGCACCUAUAUCUACACAAACAAGAGUGCAACAUAAACAGUUGACAGGUCUGAUUCACGAAACAAAAGGACUUUAAUACUGAUGACACACUGUUUGUCUUACUUAAUUUAGAGCUUAAAUACUUGAAUCAUCGAUUCUAUUUGUUGACUUCCCCGAUAUUUAUCGAGCAGUAUCCUGUGUGUUAUCGUUUCCCUCAUUUUUGUCACAUGGACUUUUGUCCGGAACAGACGGUAGUGUUUACUCUUGUAACUGAUUACGAGAUAGCUCAAUAAAUAUUGCUCCUUUUUUGAAGAUAUGUAACAUCUAAUUUUCAUAUUUAGUAAUAUGAACUUCUAUGUAAACGUAGAUUAACAUACACUAUUAUGUUAUGUGCAUGGUCAGUUCUGUGUGUAAGUUAAAACAGUCUGCUUUACAUGUAGCCAAUUUGUUUGCAUCAUUUCAAAGACCAACUUCAAAUGUAAAUUCUAAAGAAAGACGUCUUGGGUAUGUGACAAUUUGAUGAAAGAAGUACCAUUCAUUCCACGACAAAAAUAUUGUGUACUUGGUGAAAUCAAAGACUUUGAUAAAAUGACGAAAAGGUAUAGAUUGUACUGAUAUAAAAAUUAGUAUAGGUAAAAACAAGAAGUUCCAACUAAAUGAAAUGAUAUGAAGACAGUAACUGUUCUUAUUGUAUAUGAGCUUUUUUGUCAUUUAAUAAGACCAGUAUGCUGCUUUUUAUUUAAACUUCUGAAAAUUGUCUAUUGUUAUGAUUAUGGAAUUAUGUAUAGAUGAAGCAAUACAUAUAUGAGCCGUGCCAUGAGAAAACCAACAUAGUGGCUUUGCGACCAGCAUGGAUCCAGACCAGCCUGCGCAUCCGCGCAGUCUGGUCAGGAUCCAUGCUGUUCGCUAACAGUUUCUCUAAUUGCAAUAGGCUUUGAAAGCGAACAGCAUGGAUCCUGACCAGACUGCGCGGAUGCGCAGGCUGGUCCUGAUCCAUGUUGGUCGUAAAGCCACUAAGUUGGUUUUCUCAUGGCACGGCUCAAUUAUUGUUCGUUAUAGCAGUCACAUUCGUUAUUUUUAUGGGCCCGGAUGAUUUCUAAGGCUAAACAAUCCAGUAAUCUAAUAUUGUCAUUAAAAGCUAUUAGGCCUUCAUGAGAUAAAUACAUGAGGACAUACAACUAUUUGUUUUAUAAUAAAACUAAAGUGGAUAAUUCAAUUUGUAACAAAAGGAACAAAAUAAAUGAAACAUUGACUUGAGAAAACAGUGGCAAAAAACAACGUAUAGAAAGAAAAUUAUGCAAACAUAUGAUUUGAAUUAUUUCCUGAACACAAUGUCUUGACUCUUGGUGGGCAAGUUUGAUACGGAAGAUGUUGCCAAAAUAACAAGUGUCAUUCAGCACACACUGCAGAAACACUCGACAAUUAUCAAGUGUAACAUGCACUUGAGAAAACAGUGAGAAAACGUACUAAACUGUUAUAACAUUUGUUUUGAUCUUUUCACAUAUCUAAAGUGUGUCCGGUCAAUCAUUAGAUGUCCAUGCUGCAGAUACAAAUGUGGAAAUGAUAUUUCAUUAAGAUAAUUAAACUUCCGCAACCAUU